UUAGGUGCUACUAGAAAUUUCAACUAGACUGUGCUCUAUGUGUCAUUCGAUCGAUAUAUUUAUUUCGUAUCUCACUCGAUCUCUGUAGUAUCGAGUUUCUUGAAUGUAAAAAAAAACAAAAAAGAACAAGGAAAGAAAAAUUGUCAAAGAAUAAUGACCCGUUCGAACGAGAUACUCGAAAGAUCGUUGAAUUCGCAUAAAUCAGAAAGGAGGUAUCUGUACGACGUUAUCGGAAUCCAAUACGAAAGAUCAAGGGAUCGUUUUAAAGAACACUGGUGAAUCCGAUUCUCCUCCAGCAACAACAUAAGUGUUUAGACAGUGUGUCGAAGAAAACCGGUUAGGGAAAUAUGUAUGUGCCAACAGAUUUCGCGUUUAACUUCGAACGUAUGGAUAAAAUAGUUCACGGGAAAAAGUGGUGAUAUAAGAGAGAAGAGUAGAGAAGAAAUAAAAAAAAAAAGGAAAGAAAAAGAAAAAAAAGAUCGACAAACAAAUAUGGAUCGAAGUUUCAAGAACAACAUGGACUUCAAGAUGAAUCAGCAAAACUUUAAAUUGAGUGAUUUUGGCCUCGAUAGUAAAUUAUCAUCCAGCGUACAUUCGAAAGUGAUUCGUAGUUCGGUAAGGACCGGUUGUUCGUGUUAUUCUCAAAUCGAAUCGGUUCAAAUCCGAGGGACAUUUUCGAAUAACGGUGAUAGUGAUAGUAAUAGUCUUGCACAAAGUGGGACCAACGAACUAAACCUCUCUAGACUAGCUUCAAACGUAGGAAGAGGAUGUGGUAUCGAUACUUCGAUCGUUUGCAACGAUCAUUUUCGAACUUCUUCGUCUUCGUCUUCUCCUUCUUCUUCUUCUUCUUCUCCUUCUUCCGCUUCCUCUACUUCUACCUCUUCUUCUUCAUCCUCAAGUCAAGCUCGAAAGAUUGGCCAAUCAGCGAGUAACCUAUUCGUCGAUAGCUUUCAAACUUCCAAUCCAAGCAACAACAAUCCUAUUCCUUUAUCAGGAACAACUAGUUCGAUACUACAAGGAAACGUUUCUUCGAUCCCUUCGCCGAAUUAUUGGAAGCAAUAUGGCGGCCAGGAGAGCGGGUAUGGCUCGGACGAAUUCGGACAAGACUCUCCGAGAUAUACCUCGCCAAAAGCUGCGGCCCUUUAUGCGGAUCCAUAUUAUAUCGAUGGAAAUGCAGCGGGUACGGGUCCUGGUGAUCCAUGGACGGGAGGUGGCGGUGGCGUUCAACCCCCGUAUAGCGGAUACGCUCCCCCUCACCUGGCUCAACCAGCCUACCCCAUGCACCUACCCCAUGAUCCCAUGGCAUACUCAUCGAUGUCACCGAACGGCGAACCAGCAGCGCCAAUCCUUGGUUCGGCUGUAACCAGUGCGGCUUCCCUUCCGCCGAUGUCGACAUUCCGGGGUAGUGCGGCUGUUGCGGUAGUAGCAGCGGCGAACAGUGGCACUGGAGCACCUUCUCCAGCAUCUUUGCAAUAUAGUCAUAGUCCUGGUGCACCAACCACUGCACCAUCGGCGCCAAAUGCCGCACCCACCAACAAUCAACAACCACCUACGGGGGACACUCUUGGCAAGACUCUUGCCUCUGUAGUGAGCACAAGAAUCUAUCCCACGGACCAAUCAGUAUCGAGUUACAGCAGUAACCCAUCCACUCCAGUUAGUUCACCACCACCUUUAACGGGAUCGGCACCAAGUUGGGCACCUGGUGCUGCACCAGUAUCGCCACAUUUUACGGCAGAUCCCAACCGUGGCACUAUUCACAUGCCGGCGCCUGAACAGCAGAGGCUAGACGAUGCCAUCGGCUUCCUUCGCGACCAAGUCGAGUUGGUACAGGGAACGCGGAUGGAGGAACGAUUGGACGAUGCCAUAAAUGUUCUCAGGAACCAUGCAGAAAGCCAAUUAGGCAUUCACUUAGGACCUGUUGGUCCUCAUGGUUCUAUUUAUUCUCACACAUCACCACCGCAGUUGGAUCAUUUGACAAGUCCACAUCCUGCGGUAACGGUAGCGCAACCACCGGGUUCAUAUCCUGGUCUUACACCAACACCCGACACGGACGGUUCUAUUAAAAUAGAAAGGUUACCUGUUACAAAUGCCAAAUACAUCUCUUUAGAAAAGAGAAAAGAUCCACCGGACAGUAGCGGCGGUGAAACAAAACCUUCGAGUAGCGAAUUAGCAGCUGCUGGUGUAAUUGGUACGGCGACGGUUAAUUCGACGUCACAAGGAAAAGGAACGAAAAGGUCGCGCAGGUAUUGUUCGAGUGCUGACGAAGAUUGUGAUGAUCCUGGCACCAAAGCGGUGCGUGAAAAAGAACGUCGACAAGCCAACAACGUUCGUGAAAGUUGUUCGAGCGCUGAGGAUGAGGAUGACGACCCUGAUGUGAAAGCGCAAAGGGAGAGAGAGAGGCGACAAGCAAAUAAUGCUAGGGAAAGGAUACGUAUUAGGGACAUCAAUGAAGCUCUAAAAGAACUUGGAAGAAUGUGUAUGACACAUUUAAAGACAGACAAACCUCAAACGAAGCUUGGUAUCCUCAACAUGGCUGUUGAAGUUAUCAUGACACUUGAACAGCAAGUUAGAGAACGAAAUCUUAAUCCAAAAGCAGCAUGUUUGAAAAGAAGAGAAGAAGAAAAAGCAGAAGAUGGACCAAAGUUACCUGGUCAUUUAGCUGCGCACAUAACACAUCCACAUCCUCACCCUCAUGCACAUUCUCAACCACCCUUUCCCGCGAUGCCUGGUCCACCACCUUCCCUUCAACACAAUCCAACGCAGCCACAGUAGCAGCGGCUCUGCGGCGGUAUCAUCCUGUGUUAAGGGGUAGAUACACCUUAAAAUUGGCUAGUCUACAAAUAUGACUUGCAUGUACUUAUCAAAACUUUUUUCUAUCCUUAUUGGCUAAGUAUGCCAAAAUAUAAUAGUAUUAUCUCGAUUGAGAUUUAAGUUUAUCGUCCAUUGUUCAGUAUUUUAAUAGUGACUUAUGAUUUAACAUUAAUGGCACAUAAUUUUCUUUUUUACUUUUGAAAUACAUAUAAGUAUGUAACAGAUAUGUAUGAAAGACCGAUUAUAUGAAACGUUACGGUUAUAUGAAACGUUCAAUGAGACAUAUGUACCAGUAAUGGAUUAAAUAUAAACAUUGCACAAAUUUAUUUUAUGAUUUAUUUUAUAAAAUAAUUCUUAAAAUAAAUCAUAAAAUAAAUUUUCGUUAUUAUUUGACUUAUGAUAGUCCACUAUUAUAAUUACCGGUACAUAUGUGAUCUUUUAAUAUUUUAUUUGAAGCCAUUAUAUAAGGAAAGGAAAAAGUACCGAUUUGAACUAAGGCAAGCAUAGAAUAGGUAGUCUUAAGAAGCAUCUACCCCUUUAAGGCGGCUUGAAAUUAUUUUUAUAAAUAGCAAGAAAACAAAGGAAUAUGGUUCCUCUCUUUCGAGAUAUAAAAAAUUUGUAGUAACGAUCGAGAUUUCACUAGCUCGAUUUAAGCCCCGUUGUCGGUAUAUAUAUUGACUCGCUUUUAUGACCUAAUAUAAAUUGAACUUACAGAGAAUCGUGGAAUUGACGGUGUUUAAAAUAAAUCGACUACACGGUGAUCAUUAUAGUUUUCAAUAUCACUUUAAUAGAUAAUUAUUUACAAUUUAUGGAAUGCGCUAUUUUGUAAAUUUUAAUUUUAAUGCUAAAAGUAUCAGCCUACUUUUCGGUCGCUGAAUAAACUUUCUAGAUUAUAUUUAUGCAGAGAUGAUAUUUACAAAUUUAUAUGAAAACUCAUUUAAAUUUAAUGAUUUGAUUUAUUGACACAACAUCAAAAGUAAUUUAUUCUUUAAAAUAAUAACGGCACAUACCGAAGUGAAUACAAUUAUUGAUGUAAUGAUAGUCUGUUAUUUUCUAUUUCUUUGUUUCAAAGCUUGCAUAAUAGAGAUAUUAUUAUUUCCAAAGAAACUUGGAAAGAAUUUAUCGGCAUAUCGAUUGGAACUGUGAUAAAAUAGCAACAAAUAUUAAGGAAUGUGGACGUAUGCAACAGGUAUGAUAAACUAAUAGGUCAAAAAAGAUAUUUUACAUUAUGUAUGAUUUUUUAGAAACACUGCCGGAUAAUUAAAGUUAAAUGUAAUUAAAUUGAACGAUUUCAUAUUUCAGUUUCAACACAGUCAUUAGAUUGCUCUAGUUCCAUUAUGUUCACGAAUGUCGAUAAAGUUGCGGAUUCUGUGAUGGAAUCGUUCGAAACAGGAUUUAAUUUUAUCAACAGAAGUGAUAAAUAUUAAAAAGCUACAUGUUUUGUGAAAAAUACACUAAAGCCAUAUAAUAUAAAGAAACUUUUCAUAUUACAAAGAAUCUUAUUAUUGGAAGAUCCUAACAAAAUAUAUAGUCUUUGUAAAUAUGCCAUAGUGUUUCACAAUUCGACGCUUUAUGACACGAAUUAAGGUAUGAAGAAAUCAACAAUACAUAAUGCCGAUAAUUAUGAUAGUGGAUUGAAAAGGUGGACAACAAAUUUUGAAAUUUCUUUCUCGUCCGCUGUUUUCAUUAUUAAAACGUAUGUAUCCAACACUAACUUACUAAUGAUUUGUUAAUUUAUAUGAAUAGGCGUCUAUAAAACUGUUGUCAAUGAUUAUGUAAGAUUUUCAUUCAAAACUGACUCGAAGCUUUUUUUCUAUUUAACAAAUUUAUUUCAAAUUGUUUUAUUUCUCUUUUCUUUUAUUUUCUACAUGACAUAAUAUAUGAUUUUUAAAUGAAUACUUUUUAAUUUUAUUUGUUUUUUAUCACUGACUACAUAAAUUAUUUUGAAAACAGAAUUUAUUUAAAAAAUUGUCUGUAAAAAAAGUUAAAAAGUAAAGUCAGAGAUCUAAAUCUAUUUUAAUAUUAUUAUAAUCAGUGUUGGAGCAUGUCAAUUGGGAUUAAAUUGGCGUCUUCCGUUUAUUCCACUGUUAUUAUGGCUAGUAUAAAUGUAUGUGAGAAAAUUUUCUAAUACAAUAUAAAAUGAAAAGUUUAUAAAAUUUUCAAUACUGACAUUAUCUUUGUUAAUAGGAAACCAUAAUUGAUUAGUUAAAUGAAAUGCAGGUUUUCCUAUCUCGUAUUUAAUGAAAAUGUAAGCAGUUUGUAUUAUAAAUUAUUUUAUUAGAUAAA